AUGGCGAGUUUAGGUUCAACACCGUCAUCUCCGCCUCUCCAGGAUCCACCUACCGUGCCAACAGACGCCAUGUCGGCCCCCCCCGUGGCCACCAGCAACCCUUACCGCGAUGGCCACACACUGUCGCUAUUCGUCACGGCCACGUACCCGCCUUGGCAAGGGCUAGUCUCUGCCCAGCUGACGGUGAGGAUAUUGAGGGCCUUCCCCAUCACCAUGUCUCCGACAAUGAUCGUCCAGCUCCCGUCAGGUGGGCACGCGGUCCUCAAGAUGUUCGACCGCCGCUUUGGACCCCAGUCCCGGUGCCGCGGCAACCGGCCAAUUCCCCACACCACACAGGACGAAGCCCGCUGGGCGAGUUUUGUCGCCUCGAGCCAUUCACAGCAUGUCCUGCAAGAUAUUGAUCGCCAGCGAACCACCGGCAACUUCCCCCCUAGCGCCGGCGACUUGUACGAAGACGCCGUCAAUGAUGGGAAUCCCAAUUGCCCGCCGCACUGCGUAUUCGAGGCCGCUGUCCACGACCAGGCCCAACGCUACUUCAGAACCGAAGUCCAGGCUUACCAACAGCUCGCGUCCCUUCAAGGUGCGACCGUCCCCCGCCUGUAUGCCUCCAUCUCUCAUCAGAUCUCUUCUUUACUGGGACCCAGUGCCUCGGCGAGACCAGAAUUCCAGGCCCAGGGUAUCCUAAUCGAACUCAUCAAUGGCCUUUCUGGCGAACGUCUACUCAAUAACGCGAGGGAGUAUGCCGUCGCUGACUUGGCUCGCAUCGCCCAGAACGCGAUUGACGGCGCGGCCGCCAUCAACAACUACGGCGUGCUUUUGGGAGACUGCCAGCCGCAAAAUGUCAUCAUCAGGAACUCCGACGGCAGAGUCUUUUACAUUGAUUUCUCACAAGCCUACUUCCUGGGCCCCCACGGCCUUGGUAGAGACGCAUUUUGGACUUCUGUCCGAUGCAAUGGCAAUUUUGCUGUCAUGGCUGAGGCUUUGGCCGAAAAGGCACGCGAGGUGCACCGGGCUGAUAUCGCCAGUCAACUUCAGUUUCCGGGAGGGCCAUUUUCACGGUAG